UCAAAGCCAUCAGCAGUAUUCAAGCCAGCCGGCGGACGAAGUCACACUCUGAGCAUUGCUCUUCCAGGCAGCAUAAUCGCAAAUGCCGUGACGCCAGAUCAGAAGACGAGCCUUGCAGGCCAGAUUGCUCGAGCAUGCGCGGUCUUCUGCGUCGAUGAGAUUGUCGUGUUCAAUGAUGGACAAGCUGAAACCCGCGCUCCGGAGCCAUCUGGAUAUACCGCCUUCACCGAUCCAAACUUCUUCCUCUACCACGUUCUCACAUACCUAGAGACACCGCCCAACUUAAGGAAAAGCCUGUUUCCAAUGCACCCAGACUUGCGUACAGCAGGCGCUCUUCCCAGCUUGGAUAUGCCUCAUCACCUUCGUAGUGAUGAGUGGUGUGAAUUUCGCGAGGGCAUCACAACCGGACCUGGAAAACGUGGAACGACUCUGGUGGAUUGCGGUCUCGGACGCAAAGUCAGCAUCCCGGUGGAGAUUGACCCGAGCACUCGUGUCACUGUCCAGCUACCGCAGAGUCUACCCACUGGAGACACGAUCAGUGGCGAUGCUGUAGCUCCAGACACUCCACGUGAGCAAGCUGGCUACUAUUGGGGUUAUCAAGUACGGCAAGCACCCUCUCUCGGCUCGAUCUUCACCGAGUGCCCGUAUGACGGAGGCUACGACAUCAGCAUUGGAACCAGCGAGCGAGGUACCUCUCUCGACAGCCUCACCGAUACGAGUAGCCCUUCGCAUGUCGCGCCCACCUGGAAUCAUCUCGUAGUCGUCUUUGGAGGUGUCGCGGGUCUCGAAUCUGCGCUGAAAGCCGAUGCAGAACUACAGGCUGCUGGUGUCACUCAGGCCGCUGACGUUUUCGAUUGCUGGAUCAAUUUGGUAUCCGGUCAAGGCAGCAGAACGAUACGAACGGAAGAAGCGGUAUGGGUUGGGUUGACAGGCGUACGC